AUGAGGGACGUCAACAAGCCUCUGCUCUCCAAUCACGCUAUUUCGAGGGCCCGCACCUAUGACACAUCACUUUCAGAUGGUGCUUUGGGACAUCAAGGCAGUUCGGGAGCUGAAGGAGGAGCUCCAGAGGUGCAAAGUCCCAGGCCUUCGCGGUCAAGUAUAGAGAUUUUGGGUCCUGCAAAAGAAAGUACAAGAACAGCUGUGCAAUCGGGCUUUCCAGGAAGCCAGCAACCACUGACUCUUUGGAAUUGUGCAUCAUACUAUCUUCCCUGUUUCACAUGGCUCCCGUCUUACAAUUCGUCAAAGCUCUUUAGAGACGUGCUAGCCGGUGCCUCGUUGGCUUCUUUCCAGAUACCUCUAGCUAUGUCAUACUCAACGUCCAUUGCGCAUGUUCCACCUUCUUGUGGACUUACUGCACUAGCCGUUACACCCUUCAUGUAUGCAAUCUUCGGAUCUGUGCCUCAGAUGAUUGUGGGUCCCGAAAGUGCUAUUUCUUUGGUGGUUGGACAAGCGAUUGAAAAACUGUCCAAGCAUGAUCCAGGAAUUGGUGUGAUAAACUUAUGUAUCAUCCUCACAUUCAGCAGCGGUGCAGUGCUUUUAUUAUCCGGACUCAUGAGAUUUGGGUUUCUGGACGGCGUGUUGAGCAGAGCACUUUUGCGCGGUUUUAUAAGUGCUGUGGGACUCGUGAUGGUACUGAACUCACUGAUCACUGAAUUGAGACUCAAGAAGGUGUAUCAAGAAGCCCCUGGUCACUACCAUGCCCCCUACCAGAAAAUCAAAUUUCUUCUUAACUAUGCCCCAGCAAACUAUCACUAUCCCACAGCGGUUUUAAGCGCAGUCGCUUUUGCAUUUUUCAUGCUUUUGAAGUAUCUGAAGAAGAGACUUUCGAAACGGUAUAAGAAAGUUAUUUUCGUACCCGACAUUCUAUUAGUUGUGGUCCUGGUCACACUGGUGUCGUAUCUCCAUGACUUCAAGCACCGAUACGGUAUUGAAGUAGUCGGCGAUAUAAAUACUGAAAGCGGUGGAACCUUAAGAAAUCCGUUAGCCAAAAAGAAUCUGAAAUACUACAAUGAUCUAUUUCACGCCAGCUUUAUGGUCGCCUUACUCGGAUUUUUUGAGUCUACCACUGCGGCCAAGUCUUUGGGAUCAGCAAACGACUUAGCCGUGUCAUCGAACCGCGAACUCGUUGCAUUAGGAAGCUUGAACUUGGUUGGUUCUCUUUUUGGGGCAUUGCCGUCUUUUGGAGGAUAUGGGCGAUCCAAGAUCAAUGCUUACUCAGGUGCUGUAAGUGCCAUGUCGGGUGUGUUCAUGGGUGCUAUAACUUUAAUCACGUCCAAAUUUUUGCUUGGCCUAAUACAUUACAUUCCGGUGUGCAUUCUUUCGGUGAUCACUACAGUGGUCGGAAUCUCGCUUUUUGAGGAAGCACCCGCUGACCUUCGGUUCCACUAUACGUGUAAGGGGUAUAAUGAGCUCAUUACCUUUGCCAUUACAGUUCUUACUACAUUUUUCUACUCGGUAGAAGCCGGUAUCACCGUGGGGUGUGGUUAUUCGGUGAUUCGGGCUAUCAAGCAAUCCACUAGCUCUAGGAUUCAGAUUUUGGCGAGGAUAUCCGGCACCAAUCGGUUUGUCAACGCUGACGACUUUGGGGAUCCUGCAUACCGAGAAAGUCUUGGACUUAGCCAGCUUGAGCAUGUUGAAGGAUGCUUGAUUGUUAAAAUUCCCGAGCCGCUGAUUUUUACCAAUACUGAAGAUCUCAAAACAAGACUAACUCGAUUGGAAAACUAUGGAUCUGUAAAUGCGCAUCCUGCUAGUCCUCGCGUUCGUGAUAAAGAGCAAACCAGGCAUAUGAUUUUGGAUUUGGAUGGGAUGACGCAUUUAGACUCUUCCGCUGCUCAGAUCUUGUAUGAGAUUGUCACAAAUCUAAGGAAACGGAAGGUAAAGGUGUACUUAUCACGAGUUCCCAUGACUAUUGCUGUACGUGACAGACUUAAUGCCGCAGGGAUUGUCGCGAUGGUUGAGACUACAACUUUGACUGAAGGCCCGGCGCUUUUGAGUGGAGCAAGCCCCUCUUGGUGUUUCCAAAGCGUACAGGAUGCUCUACGUUCUGCGGAUGACAUCGAUGAAUUCCAAGUUUCGGUAACUUCCAGCGAGUGCGCCUCGCUGGAUGGGACAUUUGUUAACUGUACAGCUAUUUAUUAA